AUUUAGACGAUAAUGUUGUAACUGAGAUUGUAAUUAAUUGGAAAAAAAAAAAAAACUGAAAAGGAGAAAGGAAAAGCCAGUAAAGGUUGGUGGUGAGCUCUUUGGAAGACGAGGAGUGGUCGAUGGCCCAGUCUCAUGACGACAGCAGUAGUCGCGAACUGCAGCGUAUUUCAGGCUCAAGACGAACACGUUCCCAGGGGGCGCCGGACUGGUCUUUGAUGGACUCGCUUAUCCUUGUCAAUGAGAUCGCCGCCGUCGAAGCCGAUUGCUCCAAAGCCCUAUCUUCCUAUCAGAAAUGGGUGAUUAUAGCUGAGAAUUGCACCGGUUUGAACGUCCCCAGGAAAUUGAACCAGUGCCGGCGGAAAUGGGACUCUCUUCUUCUCGACUAUAAUAACAUCAAGAAAUGGGAGUCCAACUCCGGAGAUAGUGUUUCGUUUUGGUCCAUUGGAAGCGAUAGGCGAGAAUCUCUAGGACUUCCGGGAGACUUCCACCACGAUCUGUUUUUAGCUAUUGAGAGUCUCAUAAUGGCGCGAGAGAAUCAACCGGAUACGGACCCUGAGGAUGGCGAUGAUGAAGCUAAAGACGAUAUGGUUGAUCUCGUAAAAGAGCUAGGUGCAGACACCGAUUUAUACAAGCAAGCCAAAGGGUCUAAGAGGCAAAGGAGGAGGUCAACAUCUCAAGAGAACUCUGCAUGGAAAAGCCUUUCAGAAGAAGUAUCUAUAAAGAGCCAGGCAGAAACAAAAGCUCCUGGAUUUCACGUUGAAGAUAAUCCUGCCAUGAAUUCCAUAGAAAAAACUCCUGUUAGAAGCUCUUCAGAUUUAAAGCCACUUGAUCAGACGAGUACGAAGAGAAAGUCUCGAAAAGGUAAUGUGGUUGAAAAUGAGAAUCAUGAGACAGCUGAAACAGAAGAUGAGAAAGAACAAAGAUUUGCACAAAUGUUGCGUGAAAAUGCAGAAAUGAUUAGCUCCAUUGUUUCUGAGAAUGGAAUGUAUGGAGUUGGUAAGGCGGAGAAUGGUGAAGUUGGCCAAACCAAAUCAGCUGAAUAUGUUAGGCGUCAAGGAGAUAAGCUGAUUGCCUGCCUUGGAGACAUUGUAAAAUCCCUUGACCAUCUCUGUGUUCUUGUCCAAGAAUGUGAAUAAUUUAACUGUGGUAGUCCUCAAAAUUAACAUGAGAACAAUAUUCUUUUUUGUUACAUUAAUUAAUGUUAUUGUAGUGUAAAUAUUGCAUCUGGGUUCUCUUACCAUGCUCAUUAUCAUUUUGGUCUGAAAUUGAGAUU